UACUCCGCCAAUAGGUUUUUUUUUUUUAACUUGAUUUGUCGAAUCUCUUGUUGCUGAUAUUUCAAGUUCGAAUUUUUUUUCAUCCCCAACAUGAAGACGAUUCUACAUUCAAUUCUUGAGCUAGAUUCGAAGAUUUUGACUCAUUAUUUUGAUGAUUUAUUCUGGGAAGUUCUCAAAUGGGUAAUGCACACAAUGUGUUUGAUAGAAUUCCCCAAUGGGUCUCUGUUUGUUUUUCUCCAAGCCAUGUCACAUGGCUCUCACGUGAUACGGUGCCUUGCUGUUAUUAGUCUGUUACUUUCGUUGAUUUUCCCCGCCUCUAAUCUGUUUCUUCUCGCAAUACAAAUUUCUCUCCGAAGAAGAAAAACCCUAGAGAACAAGAAAGCGAAAGAAUCUCGAGAAUCGUUCACUAUGGAGGAUUCUUCUUUCAUGGAAGAUGCUGAGGGUUUACAACUCUACGAAGAUGUUAAAAAUCUCUUUGAUAAUGGAGAUCACAUCAAGGCCUUGGAGAUAAUCGAAGAUUUGAUUUUGGUUCAUAGGGAAGACAAAAACGCAUGGAUUCUUCAUCUCAAACAAGGUCAAAUGUUCUAUGAACUAGCGAAGAAAACAGAGAACCCUGACGUGGAAUUCGCUUACUUGUUGGGUUCUGUUCAAUGCUUCUCGGAAGAUGGUUCGUUAUCCCCACUUUGUGCAAGAACACUCAUCACGUUGGCCCAAAAGCUUGGGUCAGUAUUGUAUUACAAGAAGUCUCUGGAGAAAGCAAAACAAGGUUUAUCUGUUACUACUCUCCCACGCAAGUCAGAUUCUGUUGCUCAACUGAGUUUGCAAGACCAAAGAAAAUUGGACAAAAAAAAUAAAGGACUGUUGAGUUUAAUCAAAGAGGCAGAGUCCGAGAUCGCAUCUUCCAAGAGUCUAGUUGCUUCUACUAUAAAAAACUCUGAACAAAAAGUUUGGGAGUCAAAGGAAAGUCCAGACCCGCCUGAGGAUGCGGUUAAAGGAUUGAGGUCGUACUGGGUGGGAUUGGAUGUUAAGAUCAAAAGGGAUUUUAUGAAAGUAAGCAUUGCAAAGCUUACAAGUUUUGUUGAGGGAGAAGAACAUUACAAAGAGGGACGAGAAGUUUUGGAGCACGUUCUCGCUUCUGCAAGGGAAGCCAGAAGAUGGACAGCCUGGAUGUGCCGAACUUUGUGUUCAAAGGAGUUCUCUAGUGCUGAAGAAUGUAAGAAUCAUCUUGAACAACAACAUGCUGCAGAUUUCAAACCUUCUUCAGAAAAGUAUAUGGUCAAGAGGAUAGGAAAAGACUGGGCUCGUAAGAUUUUGGUUGGAGGUUGGGAACCAGUGGAUGCAGUAGCUGCCGUUGAAAUGAUCAAGAAUCAGCUCGCAGAUGUUAAAGCGUUUGCAUCUAAAGCUAAGAACGGAUGGUCCAAAGAAUGGCCUUUAGCUGUGGAUGAAGAGCGCAGUAAGUUACUCAAGGAAAUCAAGUUGCUCCUUUUCUCUUUUUGCGACCUUAAAAUUCUCUCCGGUAGCAUUCGAGACUGGAUGAUGCGUUUUCCAGCUAAGCAUCUUGGAAAACUUGAAGUUUCUGAACAGAGUCUUGUUGAUUCUCGCUUAGUAGAAACACCUCAGAGUAUCUGUUUUCUAGAAAGUCGUGAACUGACUCAAAUCCUUGACUUUCUAAAUAUCAUCAAAUAUGAAAGGAAUGAUGGUACAAAUCAGGUUUGUAGAGCAGUGGAGAGUGUCUUGAGUCGUACUCGAGUUAAGGAAAAGAUGGACUUUGACCCUCAGUUUUCAUAUCUGCUUCUAGAUAGAAGAUUGCUAAAAAGCAAUAAUAUUCCAUUCGAUGAUGAAGGGACAGUCAAUAUUUUUGAUCCCAGCGUUCACUACGCCAAGGCACAAGUUCAUGGAGAUGAUACCAUAUCCUGGUUAACUGACUAUAGUUCAGUAGACAAAACCUUUCCCAGACCUGUCAGGGAACACAAUUUUGGUAUAUGGGUGGCUGUUCUGAAAGCUGUUCAGUUCACAUGUAGGAAUCUGGGAACCAAAUAUGCAAAGAAAGUGCUGCUCUUGGACUAUGAUGCAGCUCUUACUGUUGUCGAGAACACGUGUAUGAGUGAAGAUGAAAGGAGAAGGAAUCUGCCGGAAGAUCAAUGGAGCAGAUAUGCAUCUCUUCUAUGCGAUAUGUGUGAAGAGAGAGUCCCCAAAAAUUCCCUUACUACAAAAUUAUUCAUGUGUGCAGUACGAGAUGUUUUCGAAGGAGCAUUGCAUCCAACAUUUGAUUUCCUCGAGUUAGAAGAUUGCUUGAAUCUUAUACGUGAACACAAAAGUCUCAGUGACGAUAAAGUGUUGCAGGCCAUAGACCUUCUGAAAUCAGUGGUCACCCAAAAGGUUCUCUUAAUUAAUACAAAGAUAUUGCUGAUUGAUAAUUCAAGGAUAAGUUUGCUAAACAACCUCACAAGGCUCUCUGCUUUUGACAACCGCACUUAUAUCCUUCAAGUGCUGAAACCAUUCUUGCUGAAUGAAAUUGUGAAUAUGGAAUCCAAAGCCAAGUCAGAUGCAGCAGAAGCAAAUCUUUUAAACGAGUUGGAGAAGGAGAAGCAACAAUCAAAGGAGAAGCCACAAUCAAAGGAGAAGCCACCAUCAAAGAAGAAGAGAGAUAAAAGCAAAAAGAAAACUUCAACAAGCAAUCCUAGUACCCUUGAUAAGACUGUUGAACACCUUGAACCGGAGAGUACAUCUCUAUCACUAAGAACGGUUGAAGAAGAUUCUAUGGAACCAGAAGAUGCUCUUGCAAGUGAGACGGGUAGAUUGGAAAUUUCAUCCAAAAAUGAAAUUCAAGAGGAAGCUACUGAAGAUGACCCUGAUAUGCAUAGAGAAGAUUCACUGUCAGAACAUUUGGAGCCAGCUGCUGGAGAAGUUACAACCAGAUACAAUUCAGCUCUGGACAUGACGCUGAAGGCCCUCUUGAACAUUAAGGUUCUCAAAGAAGAUUUGAUGCAGAAUAGGCAACGAUUUCAAGACCACGGGGAAGAACAAGUUCCUUCUGCACUACGAAAUUUAUUUACUGCUUUUGUUUCAGAAGUGAUAAAGAAUGAGGGAGUCUACAGUUGCCUCUUGAGCAACUUACUUGCUUCCCAAGAAGUUCUUUCCAUGUCUUUGCAGUCGAGUGAUGCUGCUAAUGUAGUUGUAGCCAUCCUUGAUUUUUGGCGUUGCUGGAAAAAUCCAGAAAGGGAGAGCUUGGUAACUCGCCUCUUUAUCUCAGCGGAAAAUAAAAGAAUGAGUUGUAGAAAAUGCAGAAAGAUUACAAAUUAUCCACAGCAAAGUUGUUAUGGCAUUGUUACGGCUGCAGAUUCAAUCAGAGAACUGAAGUGUGCUUUGGGGAAUAGAAAUUUUGUGGAUAUCCUGAAGGUGAUCCGCAUGAGAUACAAAAUGUUAUGUGACAGUAAAACAGGAGGUUGCGGAAAGACGAACUCUGUUCAUCACAUUACAAGUAGAUGCCCGCCUAUCUUCACAAUCGUGUUGGAAUGGGAGAAGAGUGCAACUGAAACCGAAAUAUAUGAAACAACAAAGGCUUUGGACUGGGAGAUAGAUAUCAGCAGGCUGUACGAAGAAGGCUUAGAACCAAACACUAACUACCGGCUUGUGUCAAUGGUUGGUUACAGUGAAGGAGAAGAAGAACACAUAUGCUUAGCUUAUGAAGAGAACCGGUGGGUCAAUCUCAGACGUGAGUGUUUAGCAGGAGAGGAUGUUGGUGACUGGAAGAAUGUGGUCAGAUUCUGUGGAGAGAGGAAGGUUCAGCCAGAGAUUCUGUUUUAUGAAGCUGCCUGAUUGAUACAGAGACAUCAACUGAUCUAUGGCCUAACAAGUGACAAUGUGGAGAAGUCCAGCAUUGAUGUUUCAUCUACCAGAAGACACUUGUUGUCUUUACUUAGUUUUUUUAUGAGAUCGAUGUGAUCCAAGUAUGACUACGGUGCCUCUCAGUUCACUAUCAUUUGAGUCUUUAGAGUGUUACACAGAUAAGAAAACAUAGAUAGCGAGAGAAUAAAGAUCGAAAGAAUAAGAA